CAUGGUUGAGUGUGUUGUUCCAUACUCCUCUCUCAUCGUGUCGCCAUUUCAGUUCUUCCACCACACCACAGCUCAGGAAAAAACAACCCUCUCCACGUGUAGCUCAUUCUUCAACUAGUUGGCCGCUUUUACACGAGCAGUUGCCGAAGCGGGGUCAAGAUAGGGUUCCUCGGAUUCCCGUGUCCGAUCUUCUCUGUUUCAUUUGUUUUUUUGUGAAGGAAGGCCUGGCCUCUUUUUGCUGCUGUAGGCGCCGGCCGGAUGGAAGGCGGUGUCUUAGGGUUGUAGUGAAUAAGAUGGAGAAAGUGGAAAAGGAGGAUUAUGACCCGUGAGAAAUUCUCGUUGUUUCUGGCCGUUUCUGAGAAAUGUUGGCGCAUGAUAGAGAGUGGGCUGGAGGCGAAGGCAAUUGAAAAGAGGGAUCUGCUCGAAUGCUCUAGCUAUAUUUUCAGAGUGGUUUAUUGAGUAAAAUCUAUCAUUUUUUACUUUUAAGAAUAUGAUCGCUUGAGAGUCUUCGUCGUGUUUCUCUGCGGAUAUGUUCGGAUGGUGGAGUUUCGGUUGGGUUUCUUUUGCAAGGUCUAUAAUUAGAAACAAGCGUUUGUGAUUUCCAUGGGCAGUGUGGGCUUAUUUAAGCGAGGCUGGAAACGGCUCCAUCCAAAGAAGCAGGCCUUUACGAGUAUCGGAGUUGCUGCUGGCUUCGCCAGAGAGAGGCUCUUGUUUCUAUUUGACCGCCACUGGCCGCUGAUCUAUAGAUUGUGCGUGAUUGCUGCUAGCUUUCUACUUGGGCUUUUGUCGCAGUGGAGAGAAUGUGAUGUUGGAGGUGUAAGGUCCGUGUUUACUUUAGGUCCAACAGCUCUAUUCGUCAUUCUGUGGAGUUUCUUCCUUUGCUUGGCUUCAACGACAUCACUAGUUUAUGUGCUUCUGAGUCUGGGUGCUGCUUUAGUGGCCGUUAACUAUUUGGGCUUUACACCUGGACUUUUUAUUGUUGGGCAUUAUGGAGUUUUGAUCAUUUGGAUCUACGGAUACUUUUGGAUGAUGACAAUUCUAUUAAUAACUGCAGGUUAUAUGUUCUCGCUCAAUCGUGCUUACUUCUUAAUCUUUCUGGCAACUGCAUAUUCCAUUUAUUCUGUCUAUAUGCGGGUGGGACUACUAGGAGUUUUCCUGUCGAUGAAUCUUUCGUUCAUCUCUAAUUAUAUUUUAAAUAAGAUGCACCAAAGAUACAACUAUACUGAUGAAAGCAUACAUGUGGAAGUGCAAAAGGAUUCAGAACCAGUCAUGGAAGACUUUUCUGUUGACACUGAAUAUUCUCCUCCAAUAACAGAACCUGAACAUGUGGAGUGUUCUAAAUCAGCUUGCACUGCACCCGAGGUAUCAAGUAUUACAAAUACUAACAAGGAUGCUUCCCCUAGUAAGGUUGUUGUAGUCGAACCAUCUGCAUUGGUUGAGAUGAGAAGGAUAAUGAGCUGUUCAAACCAUUAUGAAGUUCUGGGUUUUCUCAGGAACUCAAAUAUUGACCCUAAGAUACUAAAGAAGGAAUACCGUAAAAAGGUCUUGCUUGUGCACCCUGACAAAAAUCUGGGGACGGGAAGUUCACUAGCAUGUGAAUCCUUUGACAAGCUGAAGUUCUCAUAUGAGGUUCUGUCAGAUUUAACUAAGAAGAAAUACUAUGAUGAACAAUUGAGGAAGGAAGAACCUGGUAGAGUGUAUCAGAGGUCCUCCACUGCAUCUCAGAAGGUUGAAUUCUGUUCAAAAGAAUCCAGGCGCAUUGAGUGCACCAAGUGUGGAAAUUCUCAUACAUGGAUAUGCACUAAUCGAAAUAAAGCCAGGGCAAGGUGGUGUCAGGAUUGCCUCCAGUAUCAUCGAGCCAAAGAUGGAGAUGGGUGGGUGGAAACUCGGCACUCGACAAUUAUGGAAAUACCACGAGCCUAUGUAUGUGCAGAGAGCAGGAUAUUUGAUGUGUCGCAUUGGGCAAUUUGUCAGGGAAUUUCUUGCAAGCCUAAUAUUCACGGACCAACCUUUCAUGUGAACAAGAGGACUGAGUUUGAGCUGUGGCUCCAGAAAGCUUUAGCAUCUGGCAUCUUCUCUGAAAGUCCAAAGCUGUAGAAAGUACUGGCCAUUUAAGAUCAACCAGAAAGGCAUAAAACCAUGGUGAAAAUCACCAUAAACGGAUAUGAUGAAGCCUAAAGAGGUAAAGUUUAGUUGAAGAACUGGCUUGUGUUUUUUGCGGACUGACAAUCGGCUGUGGAAGAGCUUGAUGGCAUUUAAAAUUUCACCUUUUCAUCAAGUCAUGGCGUAGGCUUCUUCAUGUUUACUGAUCUUUUAAUCUCUUGGUGAUGGAACCUAAAUCUGAAGAAAGAUAAAAGCGAUAAGUUCAGCAGAUGCUUGCUUACAAGUGAUGAAUAGAAGGAAAAGAUUGUGGGGAAAAUAAGGAAAAUACUAAGUGGAUCAUUUGUGAAUAGUUAUAACCACAAGGUAGGCUAAGCAGUAUCUUCUCAUAUGUUAUACUCUAUAAACGGCUCAAAAGUAUAGCUAUUCCACAGCUACGAAAACUUGUAAAGCAAGAGUACUGUCAAUUGAAUUAAUCACAAGGAAAGUGCUUUGGUAGUC